AUGAGGAAGCUACUCAAAGAUACUGGAGAGGAGUUACUGCAAGCAGGUAUUGAGGUUGCGUUGAACUUCGUCCUGAAUGAUCUUGGCAUUCCAAAGGAAUUUCUUAGUGAUAAGGAACCAUGCCUAGCGCCAACCAGCAUGAGUCAUCUACAGUUGAUUGCUGCUCUGGAGGAGAGGCAACUUGCAAUCACGGGAACUAGAAUGGAGUUGGAAGCCAGGCUGUCUCAGGAUGAUAGAAGUUGUCAGUUCUCCACAUUGCCAGUUUUCCCCCCAGAGCUGGCCAAGGUGGCCUACUGCUCCCUGAGUGAGAACUGCCUCCGUCUAGACUGCUGUCUGGAACUCAACAUUAAGAAACUGAAAUUCCGCCGCUCCUUCAAAGCCUUUGUGGAAGUUGACGCAUGUGAUUUCACAUUCUACAUCGCAUUUCAGCACUUGCAGUACAAGAAAUUGCUGUUGAGCUACGAAUGGGGAAAAUCGCAGCAGCAAAGCAUCGGUCCUAUCACCCUUAAGUACUCCAUCAACAAACUGGACGCUGAGAAGGUGUUUGAGGUAGACUUUGGGGCAUCUAUCUGUCAAGGCGCCGAUGAUUGCAUCUUUGAUGUGGACAUCAUCCAGGACUACAGAGUUCCUAUUCCAUUCUGCAACUCAAACUUCUCAUUCGCCCUUCCUGGAGGGAAUAACUUGAGGGACUUUCUUGAUCAGGUUGGCCGGAAUGCUGGACAGGAAGUCGUCAACGUUUUUCUGGAGUUCAUUGGUCUUCGAGAUAAGAUCAACGAUGGACAGUGUGACACAGGCGCACUUGUUUCAGUGGAUGAGGAAGGAAAUGGAACUGUUAGAGGCUUCUUGCAGAUGGUCGGUCGGAAUGCGGCAGACUCGGCCGUGGAUGCCAUUCUGGAACAUCUAGGAUUAUCUGUGAGUCAUUUCUGUCAAUACAUGGUCAUUGACAAAUCUGAUGCAGAGGAAUCCUUCCGGAUCAAUUUGGGCAUCUCCAUUUGCAUCGACAGUGAGUGUACAACCACAUCAGUCCUUCAGGAUUUCUUGGUCCCUAUCCCGUUCUGUAAUCUCAAUGCUUCCUUUGAGUUGCCUGGGCGACGGCAGCUUUGGCAGGUCUUGCCCGGGAUCUUGCCGGAAACGUUGGGGAGUUGGCCAUCCAGGCUGGUCUCCAAAAACUUGGAAUACAGGUACUACUUCGAUCAUAAGUAG